GCCAUGGCUGGGUGGAGCUGCCUUGUGACCGGCGCAGGAGGCUUUCUGGGGCAGAGGAUUGUCCGCCUGUUGGUGGAGGAGAGAGAGCUGCAGGAGAUCCGGGCGCUGGACAAAGUCUUCAGACCUGAACUGCGGGAGGAAUUUUCUAAGCUCCAGAGCAAGGCCAAGCUGACCUUGCUGGAGGGGGAUAUUCUGGACGAGCAGUUCGUGAAGAGAGCCUGCCAGGGCACCUCCGCUGUCAUCCACGCCGCCUCUGUCAUUGACGUCUUCAAUCUCAUUCCUCGCGAGAUCAUCAUGAAUGUCAAUCUGAAAGGUACCCAGAUCCUGUUGGAGGCCUGUGCCCAGGCUAGUGUGCCGACCUUCAUUUACACCAGCACCGUGGAGGUGGCUGGGCCCAACUCCUACAGGCAGAUCGUCCAGAAUGCCUGUGAAGAAGAGCACCUCGAAACCACGUGGUCAGAGGUGUACCCCUGCAGCAAAAAGCUUGCCGAGAAGGCUGUGCUGGCCGCGAAUGGCUGGGCUCUUAAGAACGGUGGCACCUUGUACACUUGUGCCUUAAGGCCUAUGUUUAUCUAUGGGGAAGGAAGCCCAUUCCUCUUUGGCUUUAUUGACCAUGCCCUGAAGAACAACGGCGUCCUGCCUCAUAACAGCAAGUUCUCCGUUGUCAACCCCGUCUAUGUUGGCAAUGUGGCCUGGGCCCACAUUCUGGCUUUGAGGGCCCUGCAGGACCCUGAGAAAGCCCCAAACAUCCAAGGACAGUUCUACUACAUCUCCGAUGACACACCUCACCAAAGCUAUGAUGACCUCAAUUACACUCUGGGCAAAGAAUGGGGCUUCUGCCUCGACUCCAGCGUGAGCCUGCCCAUAGCGCUGAAGUACUGGCUUGGCUUCCUGCUGGAGAUAGUGAGCUUCCUGCUCAGUCCGAUUUAUAAGUAUCGACCCCCCUUCAACCGCCACAUAGUGACGUUGUUGAACAGCGUGUUCACCUUCUCCUAUAAGAAAGCUCAGCGCGAUCUGGGCUACGAGCCGCUCUUCAGCUGGGAGAAAGCCAAGCAGAUCACCAAGGAGUGGGUGGGCUCCCUAGUGGAGCAGCACAAGGCAGUCCUGAAAGCAAAGGCUCCCUGA